AAUACCGAUAUUGCUGUUUUAGUUUGUUUCUCGUCUUAUGGUUUCACAGCUGGGAGACUCGGUACUGUGGGUUGGAAUGUGGCUUUUCUUUUGAUGUGAUAGAAACGAAUUAUGCUAAAAUGAUGCUCGAAUAUAUACACUUUUGGCCAACACUAGUGGAAUAUGCCGGUGCCCAAACCCAAUUUCUGAUGCUUUCGGUUUUACUAGAGGAAAUGUCGAUAUUCGAGUUAAUGCCUAAAGUCGAUCAAAAUGUAUGAGAAUGAAAGGCGGUAAAUAGGAGAUGAGCAAGGGUGGUCCACAACUAAGGAAACCUUAUCUAGUUCCAGCCAAUAGCUUUCUAUUUCCAGUUACAUCUAAAGCUCCAUAGGCUUGAAACCGUUCCCUAAAGAUAUUUCCCGACCGAAGUGAGAAAGAUACAGAAGCCAUGGCUCAUUCCCUAGCCUCGCCGCCGGCUACUGCAACAACGCCAAUCUCAGCAAGGACCAAGAGCAAGACACAUUUUCCGUCGUCUCUCAAAGUCACGACUGGCCAUCAAGUUUCAGAUGGUCCUAACAAACUUGUUCACCGCAGGGCUGCGGGCUUGGGUUUGGCUGGUGCUGCGCUGAGCGUUAUUGUGGGUGACCGGAGUGCCAAUGCAGCCGCCAGAAGGCCGCCCCCGCCUCCGGAUGACGAGAAAAAGGAGAAGAAGGAUCCCAAUGUGAGCGGUGCUCUUGCAAAAGUGUUGGCUAGCAAAAAGAGAAAGGAAGCCAUGAAGGAAUCCGUGGCUAAACUAAGAGAAAAAGGGAAGCCUGUUCCAGAAUAAUCUGAGUACCUCUUCUGAAACUGCUUGUCAUUGUUGAGAAGCUACAGGGAUUUUUUUUGGAUUGAAGAGGGAUUUGUCUACUCAAAUAAUAAAAAGUUGUGUUUUUGAUUCAACUCUUUUGUAUGUAUGUUGGUGCCAAAACAGAGGUCAUGUUUUAUUUAUUCCAGAUCACGAAAAAUGGAAAUUGUAUGGUUGAGACUUGAGAAUGCGCAAAUAAAUUGAAAAUGAUCAGUUCUUAA